GUGCUGGAAGCAAAACCUCAUAGGACAUUUCCCCAUCAAGCAUCCUCUUCGGUAUUUUUUUCAUACUCCUUUUAGCUUUGGACAAACCUUUGAUUUUUUUUUCCUUUUCAAAUCGUUAUUCUUCUCUUUUUCUUUCAAAUUCUUCCUUUUAUUGAGCACGAAAAGCCAUGUAUCCAUCAUCUUCGUCUCAAAAACCCAUUGGCCAGACCGGACUAACCCGUUACGGUUCAGCCCCGGGCUCCCUGCUAACAACCGCAGUCGAUUCCGUCAUCGGAGCUGGUCCUAGCCUUGUCGGCCACUACUUCUCAGCUGACUCAUCGCCUUUAACAUCAGAGUCAACUUGUAAAGUCAGCUCAUCUAACGAUCGACAACAGCCUAAAUCUGCCCCUCCUCCUCCUCCUGCUCCCCAUGGAUCUUACGCUGCACCUUCUUCUUCUUCUUCCUCUUUGCUCAGACACCGUAGCUCUCCUGCUGAUUUCCUUAGUCAUCUCACAGCCGAAAACGGUUUUUCUGUUACAAGGGGCACCAGAAAUUACAGCUUUCAAGGUGGUGCUAAUGGUGGCCAUAGAGUGCCAAGAUUGAAGUCUCAAUUGAGCUUCACUAGACAAGACUCUCUUUCUCAAAUAUCUGAAGUAAGUGAGAAUCUUGUUGACGGUGUUAGCUCUAGCAGUAACCACCAAAAUGCUGCACAUUCAUUUGCUGCUGCUGGAUUUGGAAUGGAUUCAUGGGAUAAUACAAAUUCCAUUAUGUUUUCUGCCCCGCCAAACAAGAGGUCUAAAAGUAUAGAUGGCGAUAUUUAUAGCUGUCUAAAUGCCUUGGAAACUCAGUUUAGUUUGCCCCAAACAACACUUGAGAUGGCCACAGUUGAAAAGCUGCUAAAUAUUCCUGAAGAUUCUGUGCCCUGUAAAAUCCGAGCCAAGCGUGGCUGUGCCACUCACCCUCGAAGCAUUGCUGAAAGAGAAAGAAGAACAAGAAUAAGUGGCAAGUUGAAGAAAUUACAAGAGCUUGUUCCUAACAUGGAUAAGCAAACGAGCUAUGCAGACAUGCUGGACUUGGCUGUGCAGCAUAUUAAAGGCCUUCAAAAUGAAGUUCAGAAACUCCACAAAGAACUCGAAAGUUGUACAUGCGGAUGCAAACCACGUUCAUGAUGUUUGCUAACCAGGUUAGAUUUCCAAAUUUUGAAGGUGGGGAUAUGCUUAAUGAGGCAAGACUAAUUUUGUUGUCUUAGUUUGACUGAAUAAUGCAAAGGAUAGAACUUGAAAAUGUAUAUAAUGGAGUGACAUUGUUCCCUAGUUUAAGAAGAGGUUGAGUUGGAAAAUGCAAAAAAAAAAAAAAAAGGAAAAUAAAUUUGUUGAAUGGAAAUUGUAAUUCUGUUUUCCUUCUCUGUUAGAUUUAGUGUCUGUCAUGUAAUAUAUGUUUUGGCUUUUGUAUUUUAGAUGGGAAUGAAGAAUUCGGUUGAUGUUUGGGGUAUU